AUGAGAGUUUUGACUUAAUGCAAUGGCUAUGGUCUCAUGCAUGCAAGUCUUGUACCAAAUGACAGAGUCACAAUUUUAUCUGCUGCAAUGUACUUUUCAAGUUUAUUCUUAAAAGUGUAGAAUUCAAUAGCAACAUCUAAGCUUUUAUUCAAAAAUAUGUAUUACUAGUCUGGUAAAUUGGUAAAAAAAAUUGCUUGAAAGAGACUAGUGCCUGACAAAAAAAAAAUUGUUUGCAGGAAAGGCAAUAAACAAUUGUUUAGUGGCUAAGCUGGUGGUCUUCAUCUCAGAAAAUAGAUUCCUUACUUAAAUAUUUUUUUAAAAAUAUCCUUUUGUAUUACAUUCUUUAAUUCAAUUGGUUUGAUUGGAACAGCUUAUAAAUCCUGUGAAUAAAAAUAACAAAAAAUUCUACAAACAAUUUUUAAUUAUAACUAUGAAGCAUGCUGGGAACUAAUGUUGAUAACAGUUGUUUUCUGAAGGUUAACAGUCCAUGCUCUUUCCUCAGGAAGGAAAUGGAGGCUGGGUAGCGAUUUUUUUAAAAAAGUAGCCCUCUUAGUGAAUUUGCUCAUAAUCUGUGAUAUGAAUCACAUCCUGGGAAUCUUGGGGAGAAAAAGUAUUCUACUUAUAAGGAUGACACCUGUUUCCUCUUAGCAUCUUAUAUAAGGAUCUAUCAGAAAUCCAACAUCUGCUAUCUAUGGGGGGGGGGGAGAUGGUUGUGGGGAGGGCAAGUUUGUAAUAUCUCAGCAAUAUCUGUAACUUCUUUAGCAUUUUUUCUACCAAACUUACCUGCUCAUAGAGUCACCAUGUAUUAGAAUUAGGAAAUAUGUUACAAGGGCUUUGUAAAUUUACAGGAAAUUAUCCCACAAAGCAUACUAAAAAUAUAAUGAUUUUAUUUCUAUUUGAGUGGAAACGAGAAGAAGUGCUGCUUUCACAAUACAAACGAUGUUACAUAAGACGUUUUAACAGUUGUCUGCUGGACUUCCCCAACUCUUCUGCAACCCUUCUGAGAAGCAGCAAUAAAAAAGUAAAGUGGGGAUUUGAUUUAUAUAUGCUUGAUUAAGCAUCACUGGCACAAGCAGGAUGGAGUCUUCUAUCUUCAGCCACCACCAUCAUCCCAAAAUGCCCAUUUUUCAUUCAUUUACAGUCUUCAGAUACCAUCUGACUCUUUGCCUCAAGUUCCUCAGGAUCAGUUAAUCGGUUCCUCCUGGAAUAAACAGCUUUGUCAGCCAAUACUGCUUAGAACUCAUUUUGAAUUCUUAGAAUCCAUCUUUUUCCUUGCUUAAGAUUGCCUAAAUUUCCUGGCUAGAAUAUUAACAACCCCUCCCCCCUUUUCAUUUGUUAGAAUUUUUCUUUUUAUUGAGAAACGGCUGUACAUUCUUCUCCCUGCUAAUUUAUCAGUUUAAAGAAUAGUAUGUACAUAAAAACUGGCUGUCAAAAGAGACAACCAGUUUAGUGUAGUGGUGAGGCAUCAGGUUAGAAACUGGAAAACUAGUUCUGCCUUAGGCACUAAGUUGCAAAACUAGGUUACUUUAAGCCAGUUAACUUUCAGCCUGGGAAGGAGACAAAUGGCAAAAUCCUUGCCAAGAAAACCAGAGACUUGUUCAGGCAGUAACUAGGACUCAGGACUGACUUGAAGCACCUGCCUCUCCUCCAUCCCAAAAUCUGUCAGGAUACUUAAGCAGUUAUCUAUUUUAACAAGUCCCCAUCCAACCCCAUCGAUGUAUGAAAAUUGCAGCUCAUAAAUAUAUUAAUAAAUAAUGGCAAUGGAGGGUUAAUGAUGAUGCUUUGUAACAAUUCUUGGGCCCUAAUAGAAGUUUGCUUCGGCUUGUUUCAAAGGCAGCCAUGACACUGUUCCCAUGUUUUAUUGCUAUAUUCAUGGAGGACCUGCUGGGGAACCUCUGCAGGAUGUCUGAUAAAUUGAUAUCUUUAGCUCAUGUUGACUGCAGGGAGGAAGCAAUUUAGGAAAUGUGUCAUGGUUGUGGUUAUUAGGGGUAUGAUAGAGUUAGUUUUAUAGCAUGAACAGCAUAGUGCUGGGAAAGAAGGAAUAUGAAGAAGAUGGUUAAAGGCCACUGGUCCUUGGGUUCGCUGGUCACAGUCUGGCCCUUCCUGGUGGGAUUUCUAUUCCUUUGCCAAAGAGGAUGGACCAUCAAUUUGCAUGCAGAUGCCCCCACUGUGUAUUCUGGCCCUACUGGAAGCUAUUUUGGAUUUGCCUUGGACUUCUUCCAGGACAGUAAAGGAAGCAUGAAUGUAGUCGUGGGGGCCCCUCGGGCCAACACAUCACAGCCUGGUGUGAUAGAAGCAGGUGCUGUGUAUAUGUGCCCUUGGAAGCCUAAUGGUAGUAAAUGCAUCCCUAUUGAGUUUGAUACUAAAGGUGAUCAAGUGGCAAAACUUAGUCUCAUUACUGUGAAAACCUUCAAGUCUAAACAAUGGUUUGGAGCAUCUGUAAAGACAUGGAAACAAAGUAUCAUGGCCUGUGCUCCACUGCAACACUGGAAUGCUAUGGACAAUAAGGAAGAGACCACCAAAACUCCAGUGGGCAGCUGUUUCUUGGCUACAGGAGACCGUCAGAAAUUUUCUGAAUACUCUCCAUGCCGCAAUAUCCAAAUGCACUCUGUUUACAAUUCAAGCUUAGGUGGAAAUGACAAGCGCUACUGUGAAACUGGAUUCAGCGUCACCAUCUCUCAGUCUGGGAGGGUGUUGCUUGGCGCACCAGGUGGAUAUUACUUCACAGGUUUGUUCUAUUCAGUUGCCCUAUCAGAGAUUGAAAUAAAAUAUCCUCGUUCAUCUUCUGCUUUGCUGUGGUACGUGAGCUCAGAACUGGUAACACAGGAUUAUAGAAUAAAGAAAUACCAGGAUGGAUACCGGGGGUACUCUGUGGCUUUGGGGGAGUUUAAUGAAGACUCAACAUCAUCAGAAUAUGUAGUGGGCAUUCCUAACAUGAGCCUGACACGAGGAGGGGUGGAAAUUCUUACAAGGACCUAUACAUUCCACAUUCUCUGGACUCUCCUCAGUGAGCAGGUGGCAUCAUAUUUUGGGCAUACAGUGGCAGUUGCUGAUAUCAAUGGAGAUGGGAAAGAUGACAUUUUAGUGGGUGCCCCCCUUUUCAUGGAGCGCCGCUCAGAUGGGAAACUCUAUGAAGUGGGAAGAGUUUAUUUAUACCUACAGCGGAAGAGCCCACGCCCUUACAGAACCCCUUGGCAGAAGUUGACUGGCAAAGAUACCUAUGGCCGUUUUGGCAUGGCUAUUGCUCCUUUGGGUGAUAUAGAUCAGGAUGGCUACAUUGACAUAGCUAUAGGAGCACCCUUUGCAGGCCAAGAUGGAGGUGGCCAGGUUUACAUCUACCUUGGACACAGUGAAGGAUUGAGUGCAUCUCCAAGCCAGAUCCUCAAGAGUCCCUUUUCUGAAACUGCUGGUUUUGGCUUUGCCAUCCGUGGAGCCUCUGACAUAGAUCUUAACGGUUAUCCUGAUGUGCUAGUUGGUGCUUUCAGGAUCAACAAGGUGGCUGUAUACAGAGCUCAGCCAAUGAUUAUACUCAAAGCCCACCUUUCCAUACCUGAUGUGCUUGAUUCAGAGAAGAAAACAUGUCCAGGAAAACAGGCUAGCUGCUUCAACAUUCAGAUGUGUGUAGGAAUGUCGGGAAAGAACAUUCCAUCAGAAAUUGAAUUAAAUACAGAGUUACAGCUGGACCAUAUGAAGCACAAAUUUGGGAGGCGGGUUUUUUUGCAGCAAACCAACCAACCAAGUCAGAUAUUCCAACUGAAACUAUCCAGAAAAAUUCCCCUGACCUGUAAGAAUGUCACAGUUUACUUACGGGAUCAAGCUGAUUUCAAAGACAAACUGAGUGCCAUUGUUGUGAGCCUCAACUUCAGUUUGGCAUCCUUCUCCAGAGCUGGAAUUCUGCAGCCUAUUCUCUCUGGCCAAUUGAUUGUCCAGGAACAGGUUUCCUCUUAUCCACAGACCCGCAUCAUUCUAGACUGUGGAGAAGACAACAUCUGCAUUCCAGAUCUCAAACUCUCUGCUCACACGAAUGAAGCUUUCCUGCUUGUUGGGGCUGAGAAUGUGGUUCUCAUCCAUAUUACAGCAACAAAUGCUGGAGAAGGAGCCUAUGAAACUGAGUUAGUGGUGGAGCUGCCAUUUGGGGCUUACUUCCAAAGAGCUAACAGCAGUGCACAGAAACUGAUCUGUAAUUUCCGCAAGGAAAAUGAAACCCGAUUGGUGGCUUGUGAAGUGGGCAACCCAAUGAAAUCCCAUACAGAGAUCAAAUUGGAUUUGGAACUAAGUAUCAGCCAGUUAGAAGAUGCCAAUAAUAGCAUUGUCUUUGUGCUUCAACUAAAGAGUAAGAAUAGCCGGAACCCCAACAGCAAUAUAAAAUGGUUGCAGGUUCCACUCAAGGUUGAUGCACAAGUAGAGCUGUUUGGAAUCUCUAUACCAGCUGCAACUGUGCUCCCAUGGACUCCUGAGAACUUUAAAAACAAGAGCAAUGAAGUCGGUGACUAUGGACCGAAAAUAGAACAUAUCUAUCGGUUGCAGAAUGCAGGCCCUAGUACAGUAUCUGGAGCUGAUCUGCUUGUGUAUUUCCCCAGUCACUUCUGGAAAGGCUUUUUGCUUUACAUCACAAGAGUGAGCACAGAAGGCAACAUCAUCUGUUCAUCUACAAAUGAGACCAACCCUCUAAAGAAUUGUAGCAGCCAGUUGUGUACUGUCGUCCACUGCCAAGUGGGAACACUGGAGAGGGACCAUGGAGCUAUGGUGACUAUUCAUUCAGUACUGUGGCUGCCACAUUUCCAGGAGCUUCCAAAGCACCUUCUUAUCCAAUCCCAGGCCCAGUUUAUUGCCACAGGGAUGCCUUACAACAUUCAACCAGAGGUUCUACCCAGUGGGGCUGCCCUGGCUAAAACAUUAGUCGAAUGGGUGAACCCUGAUGCCGAGAGAGACAUCCCUGUAUGGUGGAUCAUAACAGCUGUGUCGGUGGGACUUCUCCUCCUUGCAGUCUCCGUUAUUGUUCUUUGGAAGACAGGCUUUUUCAAGAGAAAGCGACCACCCACCGAGAAUGAAGAGCAGCUAACUCAUGAUUCUGGAGUUCAGUCAGCUGGAGAGGGGCAAUAGAGUAUUCUAUUCCUCCCAUAUCUAAUCUCAUUAUUGAAUGGAUCCAUUCCUUUCCUGCUCAUAUUCUCUAGUGUUCAGAUACCAGCAACAGGCAGUUUGUAGAGAAUGUAAUUUACUCACUCUCUGGAGGUGCAAGUCACAUUUUUGUCAGCUCCUCCAUUUCAGAAAUCAUGUCCUGGCUGCAAAGCUUUGUUAUAAACUCACCAAGUGGAUUACCAAUUGCAGAUUCAAAAACUCAUCUAUUUAUAAUAAUAAAUAGAUAAUGGAAGAUAAUGUUAUAAAAAUUCAAUGCUUUAAAGAAUCCUUCACAACCUAACUUAAAAAUAAAUGUUUUGCUUAUUAAAGGGAGAGUCAGUGGGUAUAAAAAAAAUUGCCUAAUGUAUUAAAUACACAUGAAAAUUGUCUGAUUCCAUCAACCUUCUUGCAGCUAGGAAAAUUCUAAUUUUCUUUUAAAUAAUAUUUUUGUAUAGUGUACUUUGUUCCUUUUUAUAUUAGUUCUCUUUAUUAUAUAAAUCUGUUGCAGACUGUAGUAUUCCUUAAUUAAGGUAUAAACACUCUUGUAAAAAAUCUGUGGGCUGAUCUGAGACACUAUUAAUCAUUUCUCAUUCAUAACUGAUCGGUUUCCAGGUACAAUUCCUUCCCAAUAUUAAAAAAAGAGUAAACAUUAAUAAUUUUUAUACUAACAA